CCUCCCCUUCGUUCUGUCAAAUCUUGGGAGGUGUUGCCAAAAUUACAAAAAAAUAUAUUAAAAAGAUAGUGCCCUCGUUGUAGUAGUUUAGUGCUUAUUUUCCGGGCUCUGCAUUAAGAAAGCAGACCGUUAUGGACCCCAAUGCCCCUCCGAAUGAGAAGUCUUCCAUGGGCCAGGCGCCCCCUCCGCCCUACCAGGACAAUUCGUACCCGGGAUACCCUCAACCUGGGCCAGGGUACCCCCAGCCUGGACCCGGCGGUUACCCUCCUCAUCCGCAGGGGUCUGCAUAUCCGCCAAAUUAUGGCGCUGCUCCGUACGGACAGCAGCAGUACACGGCAGGUCAACAGUACCCACCUCAGCAAACCACAGUCACCGUCCAGCCCGCGGUGUUCGUGACACGAGGUCCGCUGGAGAACCCUUACAAUGACUACCUGGGCUACUCCAUCUUCACCUUGCUGUGCUGCUGCCUGCCUCUUGGAAUUGCCGCCCUCAUCUACUCAAUUAAUACCCGGGAAGCAAACCACAGUGGGGAUCAGCUGACGGCCGAGCGGUGCAGCCGGACUGCCAGAACCCUGAACCACGUGGCCCUGGGACUCGGCAUAGGGGCUUUCCUCCUCCUGGUUGUCUACUUUGUGGUUAUAUUUAGCGUGGUGUAAAUGGUUAACUUGUUUUGAUAAUGUCUCAUAUCCUGAUCACCAUUUUCUAACCAAAUCACAUCACUGUGGUUGUUAUAUUGAAGUCACUUGAUUGUCUGUUUGUUAAAGGAAAAAUGUACGGCGUAUUACUUCUGUCGGACAAUUUGAUCUGAUGUGCCUUGUUUAUUAUCCAAAUAUUUAGACUCGCAUUUGAGCCGGGUGGAACAUCAGCUCUUUUCCGACCAGCUUCACUGGCAUUUUAGUCCAUGUGUAAAAACACCAGAUUUUUAUUUCAAGCUAAUUUUACAGAUGUCAACAGAGCAGGCACUUUCAAAAUAAACGUUGAAGGCAAUAAUAGAUUGGACAUGCAGGACUGUCUUUUCAAUCCAUCACGGGCCAGAGGGAAAUUAAACCUUUGCAUGAACAUGUGCUGUUCUUCCUCUUCUUUUCGAUGAGAAAAAUGCUUCCCCUGUACCUCAAGAGACACCAUUCCUCAUAUCGUCAGUAGCUGCCAUUAUUUUGGGCUAAGCUAUGGUACCAUCAUCCCCUCAGGUUCUGGAGUCCAAAUAAGCUUGGCUAUGACACAGCACAAGGAAGAACUCACGACAUGCUUUCGGGUGGAAUUUGGAUUUCCCCUUGAGAGAUGUUAAAGAAGAUGGAAAAAAAAAUCUGUUUCUUGAAAUCCGUUGCAAAGUUUUGUUUCUGCAGGCUGGUAUUGGUGGGGGUUGAAAAGGGAUUGCUUGUAAAAUCACUGUCUAAAAUGACUUCCUCUUCGUUUCUAAUGACUUAGGACUUGUACAAACUCCGGCUUUGUAUUUUCACUUUGAUGCCUAAAAAGUUUAUUGUUCCACCACACGUGCUAUGUUGUAAAACUUAUACUUUUUACAUGAUUAUGACUGUAUCUGCCUUCUACCGUGCUUUUGAGGGUGACCUGUUUUUGAUUAAUAACCUUCAGAAACAGAUGCUUUCCCAUCAUGUCAUCACACCUAUCCAAAGAAUCUGUGGAGAGGAGAGAUGUAUCUGAGGUCAUUCGCUACUUCUUCAAUAGGUGCUGUGAUAUGAAAGUGAUUGUUUGUGUUUGGCCAAAUAGUAAAAUGUACCUCAGUGACAAAUUCAGCAGAAGGUGGGCAAUAGCCGAUCCAGCCUGGUGGUUGUUGUGAAAUGGUUGUUACCUGCUGUUUGACAUCUUGUUCAGCUCUCAUCCAAAGCUGAAAAAACAAGCCUGUACUUUGUAACAAAUUUCGUUACCAAAUAUUUUGAAAAUAAAAAUACAUACUUUGCUUUAGA